AAAAUUGUAUUUAUAGUCAAAUUCACAGAACGUCAUAAAAUUAGCCUUAAAGAUUGGAACCGAUUCAGUCGUGUCGAAUGAGUCGUUCGUAACACGGCAGGCAAAACUGGUUUGCGUUUCUUGUUGAGCUCUAAAAGAACUAUAAUACUGCCAUCGAUUGCUUGGAAAGCCUAAUAAGACGAUUCAGUGCGAAGAUGUUCCGUUUGUUGCUUCUAUCCCUCGUGUCGGCGAUGGUCUUGGCCGAGGACGAAACCCAACUUCUGCGAGACCUACUCAGAGCUUUGCAAUCAACCGAGGGAGGCGAGCUCGAACAGGCGCGUUCAGAGCUACGGCGUUAUUCAGCUCCGGGUUUGUCAUAUGGUAGCGCGCUCGCCCUACACAGAUGCAAAUCUCGAGUGCUCAACCCUGAUGAUGACAUAAUUUGGUGCACUGCCAAAUUUGACAGAUAUAGCUUAAGCACUGAUUUGGACGCGAUGGGCACGAAUUACGACAAACUGCUUGACAGGUUGAAACUUGACGGGGACUACGUGGGGCUUUUCAUCUUUUCAAAGUACGAAAUAGGUGGCCCCAACACAGUGAAGACGGCGUUUCUCUCCUGGAUUGGACAGCAUACGCCUGAGACGUUCAAGUCAAACAUGAGAGCUGCUCGGGACAAAGUAGAUGACGCUAUGGGGACUCCAGAUUCGUACUCGAAAGAAGUCUCCACUUUGGCUGAAGUACAGUACGACGUCAUUGUGAAGGAGAUUUCCGAAUCUUCUUAAUCCAUUAUGGAAGACACAAAGUACUGGAAACUGAUGGAACGGAUUGAAAUGGCCCUUCAUUGAUUCCUAGAUAAUAUUGGUCCAUGUAUAGGCCAAUACAGUUAACGGUGACGGGGUAAUGAUUUGGGUAACGAUCUUGCACGAGGUAAACUAGAGAUUAAUGUUUGGGAGUGAGUUCAUCCAAGUGUUCGGAAUGUCAUUGAAUGGGUUUAACGGAGUAGACUUCAUUAAGAGCAGUUUGUUGCACUAUGUAGAACCUGUGAUGUGUAUGAAACAUCAACAACUGCGGUCGUUUCUUGCAGCUGCCGCUUCCACGUACUUCCAAGGCAUUUUCUCUCCCAUUCAUUUUCCGAGGGUCUAAUUUUUUCUACAAAAUCCCCCCCACUCAGUAUGACCUUAACCCUACAAGAUAGAGCUGGGGGCGGAGUCCACCCCCUUGACAUUUUCCGAUGCCGCCGCGUUGCAUUUUUUGUCAGGAGUUGAGCCUUUAUGAGUUUUAGAGUAUCCCUUUGCGGUCAUUUUGACACCCAAUCGUGCGAAAAUCGAACAUCCUACUCUUACGCAGCGCCUAUUUUUCAGAGACAGGUCAACCAAAAUACUUCUUCCACUGCAGUGCAUGCGCACUGCACAGGCAGGCACAAAUGUAGCCUUGAACCUCAGAUGACCGUCACGACAAAACCAUACGUCCGACUGAGUUCUCCAAGGCAAAAUAGAGCAAUUUAGGGCCCCAUUUGGUCCAAUACUUUCAGAAAUACAAGCUGACAGUCCUGCCCCUGGAUUUCAUUCACUUUUUUAACAAACCACCCAGUCCACGUGCCACGAAAGGCUCUAAUAGCAGAGAAUUUGGCAGCCUACAAAUCGUAAUUCGGUCCGCGCAGGCAAUUUUGGACCUAUUUACUGGCCCGGCUGCAACCUUAUUGGGCUGAUUGUCUUAUUCUGGGCAGUCUUGGUUCCAAGGCCUUCCAGUAGUUAUUCCGCGACAUGGGACAACACAUGUACAUUGUUAGAGGGCGCUAUCACCACACAAAUCGUUAUCACAGGUACAGUAGGUCUUGGAUAUUUUUUGUUUUCAUUUCUUAUGUUUUUCAUUGUUUUCCCUCGAAUUUUCAAGGGAGCCAAUCAACAACUUCUUUUGAGCCUCACAUUGAAUCAUUUUUAAAAGUUCAUAAUGUCACUCAGCUGAGAAUUGAAAACAAAAAUGACGUCUUGAUUUCGAGGUCCAAACAUUUCCGCAGAAAAUGCCGUCCCAAGGUGAUUGUAACAUUUAACAAUAAAUUGCUUUGGAAAGUUUGUGAAGUAUCAACGUU